AUGUUAGAAAAGGAGACGGUCAAGCGAUUAAAAGACUUAGGAAUUUUGACGGAGAAGGGAGAAUACACUAAAAAGGUCGAAGAAGUCGGGGUCGUACAACGACUAUGGGACGCCGAAAAGGGAAAUGAGUGUUUGGUACUCCCUAAAGAAACUAUUUACGAACUCCUCUCGGCUUAUUGUAUGCCAUUUUUACUAUACAAACAGACCAUUUUGGUCAAUAGAGAUUUGUUGAUGAAACACACGUCCACUGUCGCUACCAAACUCGAGACAAUCAACUCCAGACUUCCCAAGUCCGUCGACACGAUGAAGAAACUUCAACUCGACAUGCCUCGCCAAAUUCAAACCACACUAAGUGUUAUUAAAGACUUAAAGGCAAGAGUCCAAAAGGUUGAACAAAACUUGGAUCACCUCACAGAGUUUAACAAAAAAUUGGUUCAGCUCUUAAAAGACGAAGAAAACAUCUCGUUGACACAGUCACAGCCAGUCUCAACAUCACUGUUGUAA